AUGGACUUCUCUCCCUCCUCCCGCCGGAAUCGCAAACCCUCAACCUCGAAACCCGACAUCUACUCCACCGUCGUAAUCCAUGACACAGAUAAUGACGACAAGAGAAGCCCCAAAAACGACGCCGUCCAAGGUGACAUCUACGCCACAAUGAUCCGCAAAGACAACGACAUGGAUCCGAACGACGAAAUCGACGACGACGACGAUGACGAAUCUCUCCCUCCUCUCCUCAAACGCAUCCCCAAAGACUUCGACGCCACAGCCAUCAAUUAUGAUGACGGAAACGACGACGUUUCUAUCUCCGGUACAAUGAUCAUCAAACCCGAUCGAAAAAGUUUCAACAAACCCACUCCCUCUUCACCUUACAAUUUCUCUUCGGCUAAAAAAUCCUACAGUAGUUCCCUAUUUUCCUAUCGAAAUUUAUCGAUUCCGAAAAAAGAAAUUGAGGAUUCUGAAGAUGAAGAUGACAGUAAUUUUUCAACGCUUGUGGGCUCUACCGGCCCAUUCAGGCCCAAGCCAAGUUACCUCUGGCCAGUUGCAAGUGCCAAGAGCCAGUUGGCCUCCAUGAUCAGUGGGGAAGAUCAGUGGGGAAGUUGUUCCAUGUUCAGCUCAGCAAUGGCCUCCUGA